CUGCGUUGAUUCCUCUCCUAUAUAAACUGUAGCACCUUCAAACUAAACAUAUUGACUUGAAGUUGUCAACAGACAAAGUUCAUCUCAAUUCAUCAAAAUGAAACUUGCUUUGGGUGUUCUACUAAACACGGCUUUGGCCUGUGCUGCACCACAUUACCAAUUCAACUACAGCCCAGUCAGAUUAACAUAUGGUUACUCUAAACCCUACCAAGUAUCCUAUCCUUAUUUUUCCCACUCUGUGGCAACAGUUCCCACUUACAAUGCUGCUCAAUACGCACCUUUAACUGCAGCAGCUCCCACUUACAAGGUUGCUCAAUAUGCACCCUUAACUGUAGCAGCUCCUAUUUCCGUAGCUGCUCCUUUGAUUUCAAAAGUUCAAGAUGUUAACUCUCCUAAAACAGUAAGCCAAUUUCCUGCUCCUGAACCAACUGUUUACUCUAAAGGAUACAACCUUGGAAGAUUAGAUGUCAGUGUUAGACGACCUCUGACUCCACAGAUUGCCUCUCUUCAACCACGUACUGAUCACAAGAGUUUCCCUAUAAACUCUGUCGCCUAUGCUCAGAAAGCUAAACAGAUCCCAAUUGCCAUCACCGCUGCCAUCAAUGCUCCCAGAGACUUGACCUCACCUAAUGCUGCUGCUGCUUUGGCUUACAUGAAAGCCAUUGGAAGCAACGACAUUUGUGCCAGAUCUACCCAGCUGUAUCUUGAGGUUAUCCUAAAUGGAGGUUCUGUAGAUGAUGCUAAUGCUGCUGCUACAAAGAUCUACAUUGAUGACUACAACAAUGGUUUGUAUGUUGCCCCUGGAUCUGCCUGCGAGGCCAGUGACAUUGCCUGGAGACAAGCUGAAGCUGAAGGAAAGGACCCUGUGGUGUACUCUGCAAUUGCUUUCAUGGAAAACUGGCCAGGAACCAAGGAAGGUAACCCUUGUGCUGUUUCUGGAAGAGAUUAUGUCAGCGCCAUCAUAGAAGGAGCAACACAUACUCAAGCUAACCUUCUUGCUGCUAAGAGCUUUGCAGCUGCCAUCCAGAACCUUGCAGCUCAAGGUAAGGAAUUGAAAGAUCCCGCAUGUGCUGCCGCAACAAAAGCUUUCUACAAUGCCUUACCAAACAAACCCUCUCCUCCUAACGGUGCUGCCAUGCUUGCAUUUAUUGACAAAGCUUUCUCUGGAUUCAGCUUUGAAUAUGACCCUGUCUGCUGGAGAUCUACUGAAGCUUUCUUUGACUCCUAUGCUGCUGGAAACGAUGAGCUGACUUCGAAUCUUGCUGCUGCUGAGAUUUUCUUUGAUGAAUUUGCAAAGGGAGGUGCUGGAAUUCCUGCUGAUUCUCCAUGUGCUGCUGCUACUGUUGCAUACUAUCAGAAUAUUCAGAACCCCCCAUCUCCACCAAACAAGGCCGCUAUGGAAGCUUUCAUGAAUAAGAUGAUUGCUGGAGGUGUCCGUCAACCUGACCCUGUAUGUGCCGCAUCAACCAGGGGAUAUUGGAAUGCUUACAAAUCUGGAGCUACUGAAACUGAUGCUAACCUUGCUGCCGCUGAGGCUUUCUUUGCUGCUUUCGCUGAAGGAGACCACAUUGCAGCUGAUUCACCUUGUGUUGCUGCUACCAAAGCCUACUUCCAAACCCUUCCAGUAAAGCCAAGCCAACCUAAUGCUGAGGCCAUGAUUGCCUUCAUGGAUGCUAUGAUUGACCAGGGCAACAAAAGGGUGUAUGACCCUGCUUGUGCAUCUGCAUCUAUUGCCUUCUUUAACUCUUACAAGGCUGGAAAGGAUGAGCUUUCCUCAAACUUCGCUGCUGCCCUUGCAUUUAUUCAGGAAUACAAGAAAGGAGCCAAGGUCCCCGCUAACUCUCCUUGUCUAAUUUCUACAAGAGUUUAUGCCGCCAACAUCAAGGACAAGCCCAGCCCACCUAAUGCCGCAGCUAUGCUUGCUUUCAUGGACGAAGCUAUUCUUUCUAACAUGGACAGGCCUGAUCCUGUUUGCCUAACCUCUGCUGAAGCCUACUUUAAUGCUUAUCUUGGAGGAGCAUCAGAAGCUGGUGCCAAUGAGGCUGCAGGAGUUGCAUUCCUUGAUGCUGUUGCCGCCACACCAGACUUCAAUCCUGGAAGUCCUUGUGGAAUUUCUGCCAAAGCAUAUAUGGCCAAUCUUGAUCUUUAAAAGUCAGAUAUUAUACCAUAGAUUUACAUUAAUACAAUAUAGUACAAACCAUGUCAAUAAAUGAUACCCAAAGAAA